UUCUCGAAGGAUACGAUGAGGCGUGAUGACGUCACUUGUCAGUUGACACGGUCAUGUUUUUGCGUGGUGAAACGCGUCAUGGCGAGUAACGACCAACUGGGGGGGUUCGAGCACAUCCCCGUCACAGUCAACGAGAACGAUUUAGAAAGCGGAGCUCUGAAGAUUUUGCAAACUAUUCGACCGCACUGGCACGUGGCCACUAUUCGGUUUAAGUUGUUAACAGAUGGGAUCACCAAUAAACUGAUAGGAUGUCUGCCUGAAGAUGCCCCCGAAGACGAAACCGUGUUGGUUAGGGUCUAUGGGAACAAAACCGAUUUGCUCAUCGAUAGAAAAGCGGAAACCCAGAACAUUUUGCUCCUAAGCAAAGAGGGGUUGGCACCAAACCUGUACGCCACCUUCGAAAACGGUCUGGCCUACAGAUACCAACCGGGACGUACCUUGAACAAAACAACCGUGUACGAUCCUAAAAUAUACCCGUUGGUGGCGCAGAAAAUGGCCCAAUUGCACAAAGUGAAAGUCGAAGGGGUCUCCGACCCCAAACCCUUCGUCUGGAAGAAACUCAGGGACUUUUUAAAUUUGGUACCCGAGACGUUUUCGAGUUCGAAGGUGCAAAAGAGAUUCGAGGCCCUGCGUCUACCCUCGCAGACGGACCUAAAUCAGGAAAUAAUCGAAUUGCAGAGGGCUUUGGAAAAACCCGAUAUACCGAUCGUGUUUUGUCACAACGACUUACUGCUCGCCAACGUGAUUUACACGGAAAGCGACCACAAAGUGACGUUUAUCGAUUACGAAUAUGCGGCGUUUAAUUAUCAGGCCUUCGAUGUUGCUAAUCACUUUGCCGAGUUUGUUGGGAUGGAGUUGUCUGAGGUGAAUUACGAAGUCGAUUUUCCCUCAGAGGACUUCCGGAAAAAUUGGAUAAGGAUAUACUUGGAAGAGUUCAACAAGAGGCCACCCCUAGAAGGCGAAAUUGAGGAUUUACAUCGAAAUGUUUUAAAGUUUGUGUUGGUUACUUACGUGUUUUGGGGCAUAUGGGCCCUGAUUCAAGCGGAACAUUCUAAUAUUGAAUUUGAUUAUUUAUUGUUAGCAAAACUCCGAUUAGACGAAUAUUUUUCAAAGAAGACGGAAUAUUUAGGCCUAGACAAACCCAUUGGGACCAACGACCCUUCAUAGAUAAAUCAGUCAUUUUUAUACCAUAAAUAACUUAAGGGGGCAAAUAAACCGUACCACCCUAUUAAUUAAUAUGUCCUGAUCACGUUAAUUUUUAUAUAAUUUUAAUUAAAUCCAGCAAAAGAAGAAGAGAAUGCAAGCGAGCGCACUCCAGACCCAAGUUUGCCCUACCGGUAUACCAAUCAAUUAUAAAAUAAAACUGUUUGAUCCAUAAA